AUGCAGACAACCUACAUAAAAGAGAUGAAAAGUCAAAGAAUAUCCAACAAAGUGAUCAAGAUGAAUUAUGAGGCGGAAAGGGCUAUGAAUCAGAAGCGGCUACGGAUGGAGGGUGAACCGGGACACGGCGUUGUCCAAGGGAAUGGAUUGCCGCUCAAUUAUAUAGAUAAUGGCCAUCAAAUACCGUAUCAGCCAUACGCCGGUGCGUAUAACACACACUAUCCGCCUCCGGAUGCAUUUGCUGCAUAUGGGCCUCCGCCCCCGGGGGGUUACGCUCCUCAAAACUUGACAUACGCGCCGCCUGCGCACCAGAAUUAUGCGCAUCAUCAGACUUUCCCGCCACAACAACCUUCUCAAGCACAACUUCAUAUGGCACAAUCACAUAUGGUACAAGGUUACGGAGAUGUGGGUGUACACAAACCAGCAUGGCCUCCACAGCCGCACCUCCUGCCACCUCUGGACACACAAAAACCUCUUGACGUGAAGCAACUUAAGCCGGAAAUCAAACUAGAACCUACCGACACACAGAAGAGACCACAUCCUGAAAGUGAAAUGAUGGCAGGUGAUUUGGAUCAGCCCAAGAUUAAAAUCAAGACGGAUAUAUUCAAGCCUGACGACUUGGCACAUCGACCGAUCAUAGAUAAAUCUCAUGAGGCAGCAACUAUGAAGCCACUGGACAUUGUAAAAUCAGCAGAAAUAGUUAAAGAAAAUAUUCAAGCGGUCCGGAGUGAUGUGGACAAACCGACAGAACUAGGCAAGCCCGAAGGUCUCACAGAACCUGGUAAAGAGUUACAUCCAAAAGACCCAUCAGCCAUACCUUCAGAUAAAAGUGAAGAUGACAGAAAACCUUUCAGCAGUCCAGAAGGUCCGAAGCCAGGCAUGACUCCAGGGAAAAUAACACCAGGGCUAGAGCCAAAAAAGCGCGGUCGUCCCAAGGGGUCGACGAACAAGCCGAAGCCGCCGGGCGCUCCAGCUCGCUCGCCCGCGCCCGGCCCGCGCGCGCCGCCGCCGCGCCCGCCCGCGCCCGUGGGCCGCCCGCGCGCCCCCGGCUACCAGUAUGCGAUACGACCCUUCCGGAAGGACUUCUCCGGGAUACAGUUUAGGAGGCGAUGGAGCGACGACUGCCUGGACUCGUCGCACAUCCCCAACGAGGUGUACUUCGGCGACGUGCCGGUGCCGCUGUCCGUGCUGCACAACUACUACGACGCGCACGCCGAGCGCGAGCGGCUGGCGGCGCAGGCGGCGCACAUCGCCGCGCAGAAGGCGGCGCAGGCCAAGCUGCACGCGGUCAAGAUGCGAGGCGCGGGCGUCGCGGGCGGCGGCGCGGGCGUCGUGUGCCCGGAGGUCACGACAGUGGACUCGUCAUCAUCAGACGAUUCGUCAGGUUCUGAAGAAAGCGGGUCAGAAGAGAGCGAUGAUGACAUGCCCCUCAAACGCGGUCCGGGCCGGCCUAAGGGCUCCAAGAACAGCAGCAGCCCCAAGCCGGUGACGCCGGGCGGCACGCCGGGGCGCCGCGGCCGCCCGCCCGUGCCGCCCGAGCUGCGCCAGCCCGGCGUCACCGACAUGAAGAAGUUCUGCAAGGCGGCCGGCAUACGGUUCGAUUAUAAGAAACUCGUUGAAGGUUGCACAAAAAACAAAGAGCGUGUAGCUAAAAUGUUAGAGCUGUUAGUGGCGGCGGGCUUGGAAGGUAAACCCACAAUAGAGAAAUGCAAAGCUCUCAAACAAGCCAAGAUGGAUAAGAAGGAGCAGGAGAAACUCGCCAAGAAGGAGGCCAAGGCCAAGCAUAAAGACAGUGAAGACGGGUCGGAGUCCAGCUCGGCGACGCCGGCGCGCCGCAUGACGCGCGGCGCCACCGGCGUGAAGCCGCGCCAGCGCAUCGUCAUCUCGUCGGAUGAGGAGGACGGCACGCCCGCCGCGCGCCGCACGCUCUCCAAGCUGCGCUCCAGUGUUAAUGACGACUCCGACUCGGAU